AUGAAUUUAUUGAACAUUGCUAAACACCUUCUCCAUUUGACUCAAACUGAAUUUGGAUCUGGAAAUUCUGCAACAACUACCGAUGAAAGUUUUGCUGCAGAACAAUUAUUCAAAGUUCUCAAGUCAUUUAAAGAUAGCUACUUCAGUGAGCUGUAUACUUAUGAUAGUCUCGAAUUUGAAGAUGAAUACGCUGAAAUGAUCGAUGAAGAAGAGAGCGACGAUGAAAUGGAUGAUUAUAAUGAGAAUAAUCAUUCUGGUUUACAAAAUUGUUUUACAUUAGAAGAAAUGGAAAAUAUUAUCGAAUGGAUCGACUAA